UAUAGCAAGCCAGACAUUACUGUGGUUGCUGUCAUUGGAAAAGCGAAAAUUCAACCACCGAAAAGAACAAGGCAAUAAGACACAAAGUAAUUUUAAACUAUUCGCAAUUGGCAAAUUAUGAAUUUUUAGUCAAAUCAUUCGUUUAUAUAUUUGCUAAAUCGUUACCUUAAUUAUCGAAUUCAUAGCGAUGGCCAGUGCAUUGGAAAAUUAUGUUAACAAUGUGCGGACAAAAAGCAGCGAAGGAAAUUUUCGCAUUAUGGUAGAGCAAUUAAAUGAAUCUGUUGAUAUACUCUCACGUUAUUGGGAUUUGCUAGAUAAUGUCCUGGAGACACUAGAUUUUCAACAACAUUCGCUGGGAGUGCUGUAUGUCUUGCUAGUCAAAUUCAAUGGCGCUGCGAAUGUGAAUGCUGAUCUACCACAAUUGUUCACUCUAUAUAAAGAUUUUAUCAGUCAAUGCAACGGCGAACAAGUGCGAUAUGCUACGUAUACUUACUAUGAUCUAUGUCACAUGUUUACGAGCCUUAUCGUUGAUCAUCCACACUGCAUUCAGGGAAUUAAAGUGGUUGCACAAGCCAUCGAAAAGAUACGUCUGUGUGACUCACAGCAAACCAGCAUUCACUCUGAUCUCUGCCAGCUGAGCUUGAAAGCGAAGUGUUUCAAAACCGCACUAAGCUUUCUAGAUGUUGAUAUAACCACCAUAUCUACGGCAUCUGAAAUUCGAGGGCAAAGCUCGGCUGAUACCAAUAAUGAUGCCAAAUAUUUUCUUCUCUACUAUUACUAUGGUGGUAUGAUAUAUACUGCUGUUAAAAACUUCGAUCGGGCCUUGUAUUUCUUUGAAGUGUGUAUAUCCACUCCUGCUGCGGCAAUGUCACACAUAAUGUUAGAAGCUUAUAAGAAAUUCGUGCUGGUUUCACUAAUUCUACACGGAAAGGUUCUACCAAUACCAAAAUCGUCUGCGCCAGUGAUUUCGCGGUUUAUGAAGCCUCUCGCGCAGUCUUAUCAUGACUUGGCAACCGCUUACGCGACAUCAUCCAGCGACGAACUACGAAUAAUUAUGAACAAAUCUAGCGAAACCUUUAUUCGGGAUAAAAAUAUGGGUUUAGUAAAACAGGUUGUAACUUCGCUUUAUAAGAAAAAUAUACGGCGGUUAACCAAAACGUUUUUGACGCUCUCCCUUUCGGAUGUUGCUAGCAGAGCCCAGCUGGCCGAUGCGGCCGAAGCGGAAAGAUAUAUUUUCAAUAUGAUAAAAUCUGGCGAAAUUUACGCAACUAUAAACAAAAAGGAUGGCAUGGUUGUUUUUAAAGAUGAUCCUGAAAAGUAUAAUUCUCCCGAAAUGUUCCUUAAAAUUCAGAAAGAUAUGGCACAAACGAUGGACUUAAUAAGGCAAAUUAACAAAAUGGAAGAGGACAUUUUACUCAACCCAAUGUAUGUCAAGAAAGCUUUAGGGAACCAGGAGGAUGAACUAACGUCUCAGCAUCCAAAAUCAUUUUCUGGUGAUCCAACGGAUUGAUGAUAUAUCAAAAGCAAAUUUACUGCAACUGCAACUGCGCUUUUGUCAAACGAAAAAAUGUCCGGAAUCUACUUCAUCUGCUUCGUGCUCAAAUGCAUUUCUUCUGUAUUGAACAAAGAAUUUGCCAGCAGCAAAACUUUGCCUAUUAAGACCUAUUAAAGAAUUGUUUUUAAAUUCA